GGAGGGUGGGGCAGGAUGCUGGGGUGGGUGGAGCCAGGGCCAUUUCCUUUCCCCCUGGGGCCCUGGCCACCAGUCUUGCCCCAGCUUCAAGAGGAGUUGGAGCAGCCUGGCCGCAACCUCGCCCUUAUCAGGUCCCAACUCCUGCUCAUGCCUGUCGCCUUGAAAAUGAUCCCGCUUUUCCUCUUCUUUGGGAGCGUCUGGGCCCCAGUGGCAAGCCUAGAGCUUCCAGAGAGCACGACUGCUUUGCAGAUGUCUGAACCCGCAAGGUCCCCUUUUCCUUUGGUCUCUGUCUCUGGGACCCCCGAAAUCAACUCAGAAGCAUCCAGUCUUUCAACAACUGAGCUCCCUGAGGAAAGUAACAGCCCUGGGCAUCAGAUCUUCCUGCCUUCCUCAACUCCCUACCCAGCUGAAGAGGUGUCCUCCCCCGGGAUUUCCAUUGCUGCCAGCAGUGGCCUUCCUCUCCCCAGGUCAGUACUCUCCCAGGAAGUUUCCACCAACAGGAAAUCCAUGCUCCUGGAGAUCUCUGAUGCAGCCAAUACACCUGCUGUCUCAGGAAUGAGCUCCCUGGGGUUGCACACUGUGACUGGUAAAACCAUGACCACCAGCUCUCUGGAGACCUCUGAUGGGACCAGUGGACCUCCUGUCACCACGGCAACCAGCUCUCUGGAGACCUCUGAUGGGACCAGUGGACCUCCUAAUACCACGGCAACCAGCUCUCUGGUGGCCUCCAGUGGAACCACUGGACCCCCUGUCAUCAUGGCAACUAGGUCUUCGAAGACCUCCGUUGUGACCCGUGGACCCCCUGUCACCAUUGAAACUGGCUUGCUAACGACUUCCAAGGGGACCAGUGGACCCCCUGUCACCAGGGAGACCUCUAUGAAGACCACUGACCCCAUCUUUGGGGUAGGAAUAUCCACCGUAGACACAAGCAGUAGCUCCCCCCAAAAUUCAGGUCAGAGGACAAAUGGCACCAUGCUGGUAGCCGUGCUUGUGGCCCUGCUGGUGGUCAUUGUCCUCGUGGUACUACUCCUGCUAUGGCGCCAGCGGCAGAAGCGGAAGACAGGAGUCCUGACACUAAGCAGAGGUGGAAACCGCAAUGGGGUCGUAGAUGCCUGGGCUGGGCGAGCCCAGGUGUCCGAUGAGGAGGCCAUGUCACCAGAGGGAGCAUCUGGGGGCAACAAGGACUCUGGGGCUCCCCAGGGGGAGGGGCCUGGCCAGCGACCCACGCUCACCACUUUCUUUGGGAAACGGAAGUCUCGCCAGGGCUCCUUGGCGCUGGAGGAGAUAAAGGCUGGGUCAGCCGCCAAGCUGAAGGGUGAGGAGGAGCCGCUGGUGGGCAGCGAGGAUGGGGCUGCGGACGCCUCUGCUUCUGAUGGGCCAGAAGCCAGAGAGGCGGGGGCCGCUUAGGGCUUCAUGACAAGGAUGGAAGCCAGAGUCACUCCCUCUUUCAUCACCCUCCCUCCUACCGUUACAUCCAACUUCACUGUCACCCAGCUUUUUCACCCAGCACCCUUUGGAUGUGCACGCAGCAUCUUCACUCUGAGUCUUCAUUCGGCUUCUUGGCCCUGGAUCAUCCCGCCAGCAUCUGCACUCAGCACCUAGACCAGGGCUGGCACCCACUGAACGCCUGUAGACAGAAUGAGCAAAGCUUGAAUGAGCAAAGCUUCCUCGUGGACCUCACUGCUCCCCAUCACAGUUUCUCUAUGUUUUUGUCCUCGACCCCAGCUGAGUCUCCCUAAUCCCAAACUUUUUGGACCUUGGAUUUUUCAGAGGAUGCUCCAGGGAUCCCAGAGUCUGGGAAGAUGACAGAAAAAGCAACCCAGGAAACUCCUCCUUAGGAUGACUCUGGAAAGUACACUCGGCCCCACAGACUAGAACAGUUGACCCUUCUUUUGACUCUGCGCCCAGGAGCGCUGUGCCGGGCCAGCCUGGAACACGGGCUGGGUUGGUGUCAUCGGGCUGCGCUCUCGGGUGCGUGUGUGACAGCCCCUGGACUCUAGGCUGGCCCACUGUCCAAGCCGCCACACUCUCCCUCACCUCUGGCCUGAGACAGCCAGAGGCUUCAGCUGUUUCCCCUCCCCCUCGGAGGUGAGAAGAAUUUCAGGGCAGGUGUCAUUCUUAGAAGUCUCAGCAUCUGUGUGGGUCCCCGUAUGAGGGCGGUUUGCGCGAGCGAGCGAGCGGGAGAGGCGAGGAAUCCGUGAUGUUUGUGAAGGGCGGGGGUGAGGACAGGGGCGGGGGUGGGGGCGAGGGCAGGAAGGGCUGCAGAGGCUGAGGAGAUGCCACCCUUGUUGCUGCCGAGGCAUAGGCGCCCUCAUCUUUGCUCAGAUUGGGCAGAGGUAGAUUGAACUCCGCCUGUGGCCGGCCCUGAGGGGAAAGACCGCAUGCGUGACGACUGAGUGUGGUUCCUCAGCUCAGCCACUCGGUCAUCUCUUCCUCAAAGACCCCCCCCCCAGCCCCCGCACACACCCCCCCCCGGCCCCCGGCCCUGUUCCAACACUCGCAGGAGACCCAGGGCGGGUCUUGCUGAUGCUGUUACAGGUUGGAUGUGUUUGCAUCUCCUCUUCCAUCCUCCAAGGGAGUCAGUCAGAGUGAGACGUGACAGGCCCCCAGGGGAUGGCCAGGAGGGGACAAAGCCUAACUGAGCCAUCUCUCUGGGACCAGCCCAGGACAGAGCACCGGGCGCCUCCUGGACCGGAGGCCACGGACCAGAGGCUGUUGGUAUUUCCCCAGGGCAAAGAGGAAAUGUGCAAAGAGGAAGUUGUUGAGUCAGAGAGCAGACACAUUGACCUGCAAAAGGAGCCGCCAAGGGCCGCGUGUGAGUGUGCCGGCCAGGUGGCCUGGAAUGGAAGGGACAUGGGGAGACAGGGAAAGGGCCUGGGGGGGGGGUUCCCGUUCACGGGGUGGGGGAGGAGAGGGAUGGGGAGAGAAGGAGCGGAAAGUGGCCACGGAUCUGCCAGGAGUUGGGCCACCUCUGCCCGGUCUGUGGGGGACGGGCUGAUAGGGUAAGAGUGAUUUUUACUUUAUUCACCCUCUUCUGUAGUAUCCAAAUUUUAUAUAUCCAUUCCUUUUACAAUAAAAAAAAAAAACAAAGGAA